GACUUCCCGAGUGCCCGCAGGAAGGUGCACCGUCCAGAGAAAGAGGCUGCUGCGGACAGAGGUGGGGGUGAAGGGCACGACGAGGAGGAGAGUGAGGAGGACUGGGAAGAGGUAGAAGAAGUUAGUGAGCCCGUGCUGGGUGACGUGGGGGAAAGCGCAGCCUUCUCUACAUCUGCUCUGCCCGUGAAGCCCCUGGAGAUAGAAAUUGAAACACCGGAGCAGGUGAAGGCAAGAGAAAGAAGUGAAAAGAUAAAAACGGAGUUUGAGACAUAUCUUCGGAGGAUGAUGAAACGUUUCAAUAAGGAAGUCCGUGAGGACACGCACAAGGUUCACCUUCUGUGUCUGCUGGCAAAUGGCUUCUAUCGAAAUAGCAUCUGCAACCAGCCAGAUCUGCGUGCCAUCGGCCUCUCCAUCGUCCCAACUCGCUUUACCAAAGUGCCCCCUCAAGACGUGGACAUCAGCUACCUGUCACACCUGGCAAAAUGGUUCAUUGGAACAUUUACAGUUAAUGCGGACCUUUCAACCAAUGAGCAGGAUGGCCUGCAGACGACGCUGGAGAGAAGGUUUGCUAUUUACUCUGCGAGAGACAAUGAAGAGUUGGUCCACAUAUUUUUACUGAUUCUCCGGGCCCUGCAUCUCCCUACCCGACUCGUACUGUCUCUAAAGCCGAUUCCUCUGAAGUUAUCAGCAGCGAAGGGAAAGAAACCUUCCAAGGAGAGAUCCACAGAGGGUCCUGGAGGCUCCUCAGAAACUUCCAGCCAAGUUCCUGGAAAGCCAAGCAAACCAGAGACCAGCAGAGGAAGCAGACGAGAGGACACGUCUUCUGAGGGCACUGGCAGUGCACGUGCCAAAGGGAAGGGGAGCAAGGCGGCUGCCGUCAGGAAGAAGCGGAGCGAGCCCUCCUCCAGCAGGGAAGAAGAGGGCAAGGCCGGGGGGCAGACGGAGGGGACCCAGAGGCGUUCGCGGGGCCGGGAGCGGCGAGCGGCCGCCAGGGUGUCUUACAGAGAGGAGAGUGGGAGUGACAAGGCCAGCAGCGGCUCUGACUUUGAGCUCUCCAGCUCGGACAGCCAUCGCCCAUCCGACGAGGAUUCUGAGCCAGGCCUUCCAAGGCAGAGGAGGGCCACUGCCCCUCAGAGUAUGAAGGUGGGGUGCAAGAGGGAGUCCAGGUCCCAGCGUGGAAGCCACCGUCAGCCCCCUGGCUUUCCAGAAGCAUCUGUAAGCGCGUCCGGCAGUAAGCGUAAGAGAGGCAAGCACAGGAUGCCCGUGGAUGGUGAGGAGGCAGACGGCCGGAGAGCAGCUGGUGUGGACCAGUGGCUGGAGGUGUUCUCUGAGCGGGAGGAGAAGUGGGUGUGCGUGGACUGUGUGCACGGGGUAGUGGGCCAGCCCCUGACCUGCUACCAGUACGCCACCAAGCCUGUGACCUACAUCGUGGGCAUCGACGGCGACGGCUGGUUGCGCGACGUCACACAGAGGUACGACCCUGCCUGGAUGACGGCGACCCGAAAGUGCCGGGUUGAUGCUGCGUGGUGGGCCGAGGCCCUGCGACCCUACCGGAGCCCGCUGGUGGAGAGGGAGCAGAGGGAGGACCAGGAGUUUCAGGCGAGGCACCUGGACCAACCUCUGCCCACCGUCAUAGGCACGUACAAGAACCACCCUCUGUACGCCCUCAAGAGGCACCUCCUCAAGUACGAGGCCAUCUACCCUGAGACGGCCGCCAUCCUCGGGUACUGCCGCGGAGAGGCUGUCUACUCCAGGGACUGCGUGCACACCCUGCACUCGAGGGACACGUGGCUGAAACAGGCCCGAGUGGUGAGGCUUGGAGAAGUGCCCUACAAGGUUGUAAAAGGCUAUUCCAACCGGGCCCGGAGAGCCCGCCUGGCUGAGCCGCAGCUGCAGGACUACAAUGACCUGGGCCUGUUUGGCAAGUGGCAGACCGAGGAGUACCAGCCGCCGGUGGCCGUGGACGGGAAGGUCCCCCGGAACGAAUUUGGGAACGUGUACCUCUUCCUGCCCGGCAUGAUGCCUGUCGGCUGCGUCCAGCUGAACCUGCCCAACUUGCACCGCGUGGCCCGAAAGCUGAACAUUGACUGUGCCCAGGCUGUUACGGGCUUCGAUUUCCACAAAGGCUACUCCCAUCCCGUAACCGAUGGCUACAUAGUCUGUGAGGAGUAUAAAGAUGUGCUCCUGACCGCCUGGGAGAACGAGCAGGCGCUCAUUGAGAAGAAGGAGAAGGAGAAAAGGGAGAAGCGGGCUCUGGGGAACUGGAAGCUGCUGGUCAAAGGGCUGCUCAUCCGGGAGCGGCUGAGGCUUCGCUACGGGGCUCAGAGCGAGGAAGCCGCUCCCCACGCAGACGCAGGAGGAGGACUCUCUUCAGACGAGGAGGAGGGGACCAGCUCUCCAGCAGAAGUGGCCAGGAUCCUGGCGGCCUCCUGGCCCCAGAACCGAGAGGUAGAGGAGAAGCGGAAGUGCCCCCGGAAGAGCAGGAGGGAGAAGGAGGCAGCUUCUCACCUGUUCCCGUUUGAGAAGCUGUGAUGUGAGCGGUCACCUCCUCGGUGGCUCAGCCGUGCCCCAGACCUUGCUCCCGGAUAGAUCCCUCCUGCGUCUGACACUCGUGCUGUUGCAGACUCGGGCCCCUUCUCUGCAGGCCCCUCGUUGCCCUCAGUCAGGUCCCUGACGCUGCCUGACGCUGCCUGACGCUCUGGGGGGAGAGCAGGUCAGUGCAGGCCGUCUCAGGGUGACACGGCCGGACCUACUUUCCCAGGUAACACUUCGUGGUGGCAGAACACUAGAACAAAGAGCUAAAGUCAGGAAAGAAAAGGAAAAACGAUGAGAAUUAAAGAAAUGUCAGGAAGAGUGGAUCAUUGUUAAACUAGAUUUUAUUCAUUACUGGAUACAUUUAUAAAGCCCUAUGCACUGUAGAUAUUUAGGAGAAAUAACUUUUAUAACAUUUUGAGGAAAAAAAUAAAGCAUUUCUCUACAAAGACGUGACUCUACAUUUUCUUUCAGAUUUUACAUCAUAUAAGAACACUUGGAUGACAGUGAUUUGUAUACAGGUUGUGACUACAUUAAAGAUCCACAGGCUGGGAACUUACCAUUACACACAUGGAAUUUUUUUCUUUCUAUGUUUAAUCCAGGAGAUAUGACUUACUUAAUCUUUGACAGGAGCCAUUAAAAAUUUGAGUCAGUUUUAUCCAAGGGAAACAAACAAAACACUUGGGGUGUGACUCAUGCAGCAAGAACUGGCAGGCAGGCUCCUGUUGUGAAACACAUGGGGGUUGCCAUGGAAACUGCCUGGUCUGGCACUUCCUGCACCAGAGCUGGCUCUCACCCUCCUAGAAGUGAGCACCUUGUUUUUUGGGAGUUGAGUCAAGAGCACUGCCCCGUCUCUCUGCAGGAAUAACUGGUUCUUCAGGCAGAUGGCAGCUCCUAGGAUGCAUCUUGGAAAUGGAGUGAAACUCAGGUUUUGAAAAGUUACCACUCACCUGCUUCAAAUCCUGUAACAAGGGAAGAGAAAUUCAAAUUGCAGGGUGGACACUUCGCGGCCGCCCACUUCUUCAGGCGCUCGUGGGCUUUAAAUCUCACUCCGUAGAGAGGCACUGUCCCCGUGUCACAGAUGAGGAAGCUGAGGCUCAGGUCACUGCCAUGCCUAGCGUCACACAGCUCAUCAGCCGCAGAUGCGGGAUGCCUUUUGUGCCGGGUCCCGCCGGCUCCCUCCCACCUCUGAGAACGAUCUGAAGACCGGCAAAGGUGGGAGCCGCUCUUAAGUAAGUCCACACAAACCAGAGUAGGUUUCUAAGUGCUAGAGAUAUUGAGGUGCCUUCUCAAAAGAAUUGAAACCAAUUUUAACCACUGAAAG